CUCAACUCCUCAAUAACCACCCAUCUCCUUCCCAACUCUCUCUAUCCUUUCAAACACAACAAAAAGCUUUUCUCUCUCAAUAACCCAAAGACAAAUGGCCAUAAUGAAGAAAUCUUCAAAAGUAACUCAGACGGCAAUGCUGAAGAAGAUUCUAAAGAGAUGCUCGAGCUUGGGAAAGAAGAAUGGAGGAGAAUACGAUGAAGAUUUCCUCCCACUAGACGUACCAAAGGGGCACUUUCCUGUCUAUGUCGGAGAUAACAGAAGCAGAUACAUUGUCCCAGUCUCCUUCUUGACUCACCCUGAGUUCCAAUCUCUCUUAAGACGAGCUGAGGAAGAGUUUGGAUUUGACCACGAUAUGGGUCUCACCAUUCCUUGUGAUGAACUUGUCUUCCAGAACCUUACCUCAAUGAUCCGAUGAAAUUUUAAGUAAACCAUUUGAAGAAGAUGCAGAAGAAGAUGGUUGACGAAGCAGAAGCUUCCUUACGAGAAAUAGCAUCUCUUCUCUCUUUUUAAGUUUUUUCUUCUUCUAUUUUUAAGCCUAUCUAGGGUUUUUACGAGCUGGUUUACUCGUCUAACAAGAAAGAAACCUGAAUGAGAUAUAGAUUCCAUGAGUUUAAUUGGAUUUGUAAAUUAAAAAGCUUGUAAUGUUUUCCUCGCAGAUCUUGAUUUUGUGAGAGAAGUUGAUUAAUGCAAGAAAAAGUAUUCCUCUA